AUGUCUUACAUGCAUAAAGCUCAUCCAUUCCAGGACGGUUCUUUUUCACAUUACCAGACAUAUCCUUAUUUACUUGGCCUUACUUUUUAUAGUUAUUCCACAUCACAUUAUCCGCCAUCAUCCGCCGCCCUGCAAUUAGACCGUAACAUAUCAAUAGUACCCAUUCAACAUUCAAAGCUCGAGCCCGGUCCUUCGGAAAGUUCAAAUGAAACUUGGACUCGUGUUUCUGCAUCCGAAACCUCUGCCCCGGCAAAUUUUCCGUUCGGUUCUUAUACAACAAAACCUGCAAGAGCUUACGAUGAAAGAGCUUUAGACUCCGCAUUUUUCGCCAAUCCAUCUAUGAAAAUGCCUUCAAACACUGUCCAACCUUCAAUGAGCUAUUUUGGUGGUCUUCCUCCGCCGAUGGGUUAUAAUCCACAUCAAGUAAAUUAUGGUAAUACGAUGCCGCCAACACCCCAAGAUUAUCCAAUGUCAAUGACUACUAUGCAGAACCAAAAUGGAAAUGAUACGCGAAUUAUGCCACCCCAAUUUCAUGGUCAAAAUCCAAACAGACCCCCUCCGGUUCCUGCUCAAACCAUGAUGACUACCUUUAACUCAAAAACUGUAUCGUCCACUCCUAAAAG